AUGCCACGGGGCGAGCUGAAGAUGGCGGCGCUCUGGUUCUCAGGGAGAUGUUGGUCUCAGCUGCAGAGGCGCCGUUUCGUUUACCUCUUACAGCCGGUCUGCUCAGCUUACAUUCUGAGGAGCUCCGCGUGCCGCUUUGACAAGAGGAGCGAUCAGACUUCUACAGCUUAUUCAAGAUUUGGAACCUUGCAAAAUUUGAGGGGAGAAACUGGAAGGCACAUAUUGGAGACUACAAAGGGAACCCAGUGGUGGCAGUUUGCAAGUAAAAGGACAGACUGGCAUGGGCAUGCUGGUGGAGGCCUUCAUACCGACCCAAAAAAAUUGAAAGAUGUUGAUACAGGAAAAAUUCUUAGGGCCAUGUUGACGUAUGUUUGGCCAAAGGAUAGACCUGAUCUACGUGCCAGAGUGGCUUUGUCUCUUGGCCUUUUAGGUGGGGCAAAGCUCAUGAAUAUAAUGGUUCCCUUCAUGUUUAAAUAUGCAGUGGAUGAACUCAACCAAAUGUCAGGUAGUGUUUUGAACCUGAAUGAUGCAACUAGUACAGUCAUCACCAUGGCAACAGCUGUCCUUAUUGGCUAUGGUGUUUCAAGGGUUUGUGCAGCAUUCUUCAAUGAACUCAGGAAUGCUGUAUUUGGCAAAGUAGCCCAAAGUUCUAUCAGGCGAAUAGCCAAAAAUGUCUUUCUCCACCUACACAACUUAGAUUUGAGUUUCCAUCUCAGCAGGCAGACUGGUGCACUCUCAAAAGCUAUAGAUCGAGGGACAAGAGGUAUCAGUUUUGUUCUGAGUGCCUUGGUGUUUAAUCUUGGUCCCACCACCUUUGAAGUGCUGCUUGUCAGUAGCAUUUUGUAUUAUAAAUGUGGUGGACCAUAUGCGUUAAUAACUCUGGGAACUUUAACUGCAUAUUCAGUUUUUACAAUUGGCAUCACACAAUGGAGGACUCGAUUCCGAAUUGAAAUGAAUAAAGCUGAUAAUGAUGCAGGCAAUGCUGCAAUAGACUCACUCCUGAAUUAUGAAACUGUGAAGUAUUUCAACAAUGAAAAGUAUGAAGCGGCGAGAUAUGAUGGAUACUUGAAGACUUAUGAAAAUGCUUCUCUGAAGACUGCCUCAAGCCUUGCAGUACUGAACUUCGGUCAGAAUCUUAUUUUUAGCUGUGGCCUGACUGGAAUCAUGCUACUUGCAAGUAAAGGAAUCCUAGCAGGUACACUGACAGUUGGAGACCUGGUGAUGGUAAAUGGCCUACUUUUCCAGCUGUCUCUUCCCUUAAAUUUUUUGGGCACGGUAUAUCGAGAGACACGACAGGCGCUAAUAGACAUGAAUACUUUAUUUACCUUGCUAAGCGUUGAUGCAAAGAUCAAGGAUGUAGAAAAGGCACCGGCACUGCAGGUUUCUCCUGAGAAAUCUACGAUCACUUUUGAAGAUGUUUGCUUUGAAUAUAUCAAUGGUCACAAGGUCCUUGAUGGAGUAUCAUUUGAAGUUCCUGCUGGGAAGAAAGUGGCAAUUGUAGGUGGGAGUGGUUCUGGGAAAAGCACAAUAGUGAGGUUGCUGUUCCGCUUCUACGAACCUCAGGCUGGAAAUAUUUACGUGGCUGGUCAGAAUAUUAAAGACAUUAGUCUGGAAAGCUUGAGGAAGGCCAUUGGUGUUGUACCACAGGAUGCAGUCCUGUUCCACAACACCAUCUUUUAUAACCUUCAAUAUGGGAACAUGACUUCAACUCAAGAAGAAGUAUACAAUGUUGCAAAGCUUGCUGGGCUUCAUGAUUCAAUACUCAGAAUGCCAAAUGGUUAUGACACUCAGGUUGGUGAACGCGGACUAAAGCUUUCAGGAGGAGAAAAGCAGCGAGUUGCAAUUGCUCGAACAAUUCUAAAAAACCCUCACAUUAUCUUGUACGAUGAAGCUACGUCAUCUUUGGAUUCAAUUACUGAAGAGAAUAUUCUCAGUUCAAUGAGAGAAUUGGUGCACCAUCGUACAUCUAUGUUUAUAGCUCAUCGACUCACUACAAUUGUUGAUUCAGAUGAAAUUCUAGUUCUGGAUAAGGGUAAGAUAGCAGAGCGUGGAACCCAUCAAACUCUCCUGAACAAACCCAACAGCCUUUACUCUGAACUGUGGCGAGCACAAAACAGUAGAGUGUUCAACAGCUCAAAUUCCCACCAUCAAGAAGGGAAGAAAAUAAUGUCAUCCAAGGAAGAAGAAAGGCGAAAGUUAUCGGAAGAGAUUCUAAACAGUGUAAAAGGUUGUGGAAACUGCUCUUGUUAAAACCGUGUUUUUAUACUGGACAUUAAACUACACUGACAAUUUGCACUGGAAGUAUCAUUAGGUACCGAUGCAUGAGUAGACCAUUUUGACCAGGAAAGCCAAAACUACUCUUUGUAGGGCAGGAUUUUAUUUUUAUAGUAAAAUGGUCAAAUAUUUUUUGUAUCCCUAAUAUGCUGGAAGACCUUUCAUGGAACAGCAAAUCAAGUCAUUUUAAAAUGGAUGAAGUAAAUUGUUCCAGUGUGGGUAGCAGCCAUUCAUUUCUCUAAAUAACUUGAGGCAGAUGUGCAUUACUGGUGAGUUACUAAAUGUAAUUGUUGACAAUACUGUAUCAGUAUUAGCAUGGACCAAGUAACAGAAAUUGUCAUGUGAAGCUAAAUCAGUGCUUUCUUCAGUUUUUAUGAUGUGAACAGAUCACUGUAAUUAUUGUAAUCUUUACAGGGGUAAAUUUAAUAAAUAUUGAAUGUUGGGAACUGGAUUGAAGGCCACAUUACCUCUGAUGGUUUCUACCUGGGACAAUAUUUGGUAUGUCAGACAUAAGGAUGAAGCAUGUCCCUUAAAUAUUUACCAAUAAUGCACAUUUUGAAUUUGUCCACUGUCCAUUAAUGGUACCUCAAAUGAAUUAUGAGUUUGCUAAUUUCUUAAUUAUUAAUUUGAGAUAGCAUAUCAAUGACCUGUCAUGUGUAGUGAAAGGGCUGUGAAAACAUCUUUUUAUAGUUUAUCUGUUCAAACACAUUGCCAAGAUGUAUUUUCCAUUCUGUUAAUUCAGUAUCCAUACGUAUAUCAUUUUUCUGAUGUCCUUCACUUUAAAUCCUUGUGUCAUCUUUAUUUGGAAUAAAGGAACAACUAUCUGCUAUUGAGAUUUUAUUUUCCCUCACUUAUGUGUGUCCCAAAGAAGAUUUUGUCUCUAAAUUACCCUGGACGACCAUGUCAGAGAUGCUGGACUGGGAAUAUGGAAGAACCUUAACGUUAUUGGGAGGUUUAGCACUGGGUAAUUAUAGUACCCCUUUGAACUAAUCUGAUCUGUGCAAGGCAAUUAUCAAUUACCUUUAGAAUUAUGGUUAUGAUAAAAUGGCGACGUUACUUUGUGAUCAUUUGUAGUCUGAUUUUGUGGAUUUAUUUGCAGAAUUGAAUUAAAUUGCUUUUGGAGAAGUUUGAAUGGAUUGAAAACUGAUUAUGUUAAUCUCUAAGAAUCAAAACUCUGCAAACAGUUCUGAAACCAACGUCGAGACGUUUCAGUUUCUACAGGAAAAUGCACAGCCUUUUUAUUCUUCUUUAACUGAGACACGUUUUGUUUUAAAAUUUGCCGUAAUAGAUGCAAAUAGUGGAUUUAAUCUGGUAAACGUACAGCUAGAAAUAUUAAACUGCAGUUUGCACGUAACUUUACUGUUUUUUUCAGCACCAGUUCGAAUGUUGAUUCAGAAUAGCUACUGAUUUGCCUUUGUAAUUGCUUUUUAUUUGUGCCUUUGCUGUUGUUUUUCCGUUAUGAAGAAUACUGCUAUGUCAUUUUAUCUAAAUCUCUGCUUGGAUCAUUGUACUGUAGUAGUUUGCAUCUGAGAUGUGUACUUAGGAGUGCAUGUAUUGAGCCAAAACUCAGCACGUCAUUGCUUGGAAUUGUUGUGUGGAGAUCUAUUUAAAUUCUGCAUAUUUGGUACAAGAUUAUUUUUGUAAAAUUUGAAAUUCAAGAAUGCCUAACUGCCUCCUUUCAUUUUAUUUCUUUGUCUAUGACAUUUUUUUAAAUCAGCAAAAUAAUUACACCAAUUCUUGCAAUCUGAGUUUCUAAAUCAAUUGUACUGUUGAAUGUUGAGGUUGAGAUCAAAGUUAAUGAAUAUUAACUUGAUCCUUUCACCUAUUUAGUAACCAAACCUGUAAACUGAUAUACAGUACUUUUGGUGCAGUCAGCAGCUUAUAGUUGACAAACAGUCAUGAACAUUUUUUAAGUUAUUAGUCCAGAAUUUAUAUAAUGCAGAAGUGUUUUGAAGUCCUUGCUUUCCGUUUCGAACACUUAAGCAGGCUUUCCCUGGUAAUAUUUUUAUUUCCACCCUCAUGUGGUCUGGUUUACCAUUUAUCUUCUCUCAACAAAUUUUAAACAUUUAGAUGAAUGGCAUCAGUACCUCUUUUUGAAACCCAAUACUUUAUUGAGGUUACAUAACUAUGGAAUUUAGUUCCAUUUGUAAGUCUAGUUUGUUCUUAUGCCUUUUACUUGAGAGCCAUUUGCCUCCUUCACUUAGUGUAACUGAAAUGCCAGUUUUAUGGACAUGUGGUAUAUUCUUGUACCACUUUCUACAUUCACUGGAUUUUGUGAAUAGAUUGACUUAAGACUGCUACAGACAUACUAUGUUUAUUCCUUUAUAUUAUUAAAGUUGACCUGAUGUAUUAAUCUUUAUAUAUUUAUGUUUAUAAAAUAUGCUUCUAGCAGUUGUAAAGAACCAAUGACCGAAUACUGUUAUAACUGGAUAAAUACAAAAUAUAAAUGUUUUUAUUUCUAAUGCUCAUCAUUAGUCGCUCCAUUCUACUUACUUAGUUGAAAAAGAACCAGAAACUGACGGAAGUAAUUACACGUGUUAGGAUUCCAUUAUCACUUGAUGAAAGUGAUGAAAAGUUUAGCAUUCUUUAUUUGCGAACCAUUUAAAGAAUUGUCAACUAUUUUUAGUCAAAGCGUGAAUGUUUCUUUAAGGUUUUAUUCAGUAACU